AUGACAACAACUGCUACAAUGACCACUACUGGUGCUGUUUCUGCUCCGCCAGAACCGCACUCUUUCCCGUUGGGCGAAUCUCUGCCGCCUGGGGAUAUACAUGCCGUCAGCGUCUCUCUUCCAACAUGGGACAAUAUCGUGCGCUAUAUGGCGGCCGACAAAAACAUACACGACAAUUUGCAAUUCUACCAGCAUGCAAGCGUUCAGAAGUUAAACGAUGCUGUUCUUCACCGGGUUGGCGCCCCUGAAACGUACCGUUGUGCCAUAUUUCCCUCCAAUGACGGCAUGAGACGAUGUAGCCAGUAUCUUCGCCAAAAGGCCCGUCCUGAUGGCUCCGAAAAGCUCCCCAUCCAGGAGGUGUCUUUCCGUUUGGCCCAGUCAUCCUCAGCUACCCAGGAAAAUGACAGCUGGGCUCGAUUCAGUGCAGUACUCUAUCCGGAGCAAUUUACAGAGUCGGCCGCCGAGGUCUGGGGUUGGAUGGGAGACGGUAUUUCCAGCCGCCAUGCCGAUUUCUGCUUCGAGAGAUUUCGCUUCAUGGAGUCUGCCCCAUUGUCCGUCAAUGAUGAUUCGUCGUCGUUGUCAUUCUCGUUGCAAACGCAUGCAACCUGCGACGAGGUCGAUACGGUGCUAUCCACAGCACCCUGGGGACAUUCCGAUACUGACACCAAGGACAAAAUAAAGGGACUUAUUGCGAAGUGGGUGACGUCGCAACAGCCGGGCCAAGGAGCUGUCAGGCCGCACGAGGAUGUCUUUCUUUAUCCCAAGGGCAUGUGCGCGAUUGGCGACAUUGCAAGAAAACUUGUUCCGACGACUUCCCAUUCAUCUGAGGUCGUCAUAUUUGGCUGGCCGUAUGGCUCAACGCCCAAAAAUGUGCAAGCAAGUGGCUACGAGCGGUUCACAUUCUACUCGCAAGGCACAUCCGAAGAGCUUGAUCAACUCGAAUCGUCCCUCCAAGCCGGCCACCGCAUCGCAAGUUUCUUCUGCGAAAUCCCCUCCAAUCCCCUCUGCGCAACUCCGGACCUGUGCCGUAUCCGUAGGCUUGCUGAUAAGUACCAUUUCGCUGUCAUCUGCGACGACACCAUCGGCACCUUCAUCAACGUCGAUGUGUUGCCCUAUGCCGAUGUCAUCAUCACCAGCCUCACCAAGCUGUUCAGCGGAGGAUGCAACGUCAUGGGUGGGAGCGUCGUCCUCAACGCCAGUUCCCCUUUCUAUUCCAUGCUGCAUUCAGCACUGACCCGCACCCACGAGGAUCUCAUGUUUCCCCUGGAUGCCCAAGUUCUCCUCCACAACUGUGUCGACUUCCCUGAUCGUGUCCAAAAAGCCAACCGCAACGCUCUCGCCGUCGUCAAUCUCCUCCAAUCGCAACCAUCCUCCCUUAUUUCCCGCGUCAACUACCCAACCACGGUGCCCAGCGCAUCCCUCUACGAGCAAUACCGCCGAAGCCCGGACGGAGGGUAUGGCUCUUUAAUCAGCGUCGUUUUCCUAGACCCGGAUGUCGCCGUAAGCUUCUACAACGCUGUAGAUCUCUGCAAAGGACCCAGCUUCGGAGCUAAUUUCACCCUUGUGCUGCCGUAUUCUCAGCUCGCACAUGCGUUCGAGCUGGACUGGGCUGAGUCGCAGGGUAUGCCAAAGCAUAUUGUGCGGAUCAGUGUCGGGUUGGAAGAUGAGACGAUGUUGAUUAAGAAACUGGAGCAGGCUUUGAUAAAAUGUAGACCUUCUAACUAG